CGGGGCACAAUGUGUGGAUCAUGUUCAUCUGACAGACCUGCUCUCUUCUCCAAUCCUGCUCUCACACAGCCUGCUGCUUUUCUGUAAGUACUACAGGGUCACACACCCAUUUCAACUUUCAGAUGUGAUCAGGGGAAAGAUGUCUCCACUGCUUGAAUAACUCACCAGGACUUAUGAAACAGAACUCAGCACACACAUACAGGACAGAGAGAGUGAGAACAAAUUGCAUUGGGAGGUUCCUGUCCUGGUGUAACUGUCAGAGAAUAAUGGUGGCAUUUAAAGGGAUCUGGACCAAGGACUUCUGGAGGGCUGUGUCUGGAGAAUUCCUGGCCACUCUCAUCUUUGUCCUUCUCGGUCUGGGCUCCACCAUUAACUGGGCUGCAGGGGAGGAGAAGCCUCCCCCGGCUGACCUAGUCCUUAUCUCCCUGUGCUUUGGCCUGAGCAUCGCCACUAUGGUGCAAUGUUUUGGUCAUAUAAGUGGCGGACACAUUAACCCUGCGGUCACAGCAGCGAUGGUUGUUACUGGAAAGCUGAGCCUGGCCAAGGCGUUAUUCUAUGUGGUGGCUCAGUGCCUCGGGGGUGUUACAGGAGCUGGAAUCCUCUACCUAGUCACACCUGCUGCUGUCAGAGGUUCCUUCGGUGUGACCUCGGUGAACGCUAACAUCUCAUUGGGACACGCUCUUCUUGUGGAGCUCCUAAUCACAUUCGAACUGGUAUUCACUGUCUUCGCCACCUGUGACCCUAAACGCACAGACCUCGGAGGCUCUGCUAGCCUUUCCAUUGGCUUCGCUGUAGCUAUUGGUCACUUAUUUGCAAUCCCGUUUACAGGAGCCAGCAUGAACCCUGCUCGAUCUUUCGCGCCUGCACUGGUCACUCUUAACUUUGAGAACCACUGGGUGUACUGGGUAGGACCUAUUCUGGGAGCCAUCCUUGCUGCUGGUCUGUAUGAGUACCUGUAUUGCCCUGACCCUGAGACGAAGAAAAGGAUGAAGCAGGUCUUCCAGAAGGACCCGUCAGGAAUAUACAGGGAGGUGGAGGCAGAGGAUAUUGCCAUCAAGCCGGGAUCCAUCCACACCAUUGAUCUGGAGAAAUCUGAGAAAAAGGAUCCUUUCCUGGACUCUACGGGGGAAGUGCUGUCUUCAGUAUGACUAUCACGUGCACUGGAAAUGGAGACCAAUCUGUAGAGCAGGAUGACAAUCAAGCUUUGGAGGAUCCAUCUUGAGCUUGUCAGCCUACAAAGCAGAACAUGAUUUCUGUCCAUGAGGCCUUACAGCAAGGCUGAAUUACUCUCAUUGUCAUAAAAAGAAUAAGAUAUUAUGGCUCAAUCCCACAAACAUCUACAACCUGGUCAAUACUUCUCCUGAAGCCCUCGUUCAAUGAUAUUUUAGCAGUGUUGGCAUGCGGCGCAUAUUGAACGCUGCACAAUGAUGGUCCGCAAUACGUUAUGGAACAGAAAUAUGUGUGAGGUCAACCAAUUAUGUGGGGUCAUCACGCUGAAUUGGAGAAGUGAAGAAGAAAAUGCAGGCUUGUUAUUUUUGGAUUAGUGUCACAUUUGGUCCAUGUACUGUAUAUGUAAUAACAGGAGAGCAUUUUCUUCUAAUCAUAAAGCACGUUACAGUUCUCAAGCAAUGCAAGGCAGUUCUGACAAACGUUAUAACCAGGUGUUUUAUUACAGUGCUCUCUAUUUUCAGUGCAUUAGUCAGGGAAUAAAAGCAGUGCAUGGACAUAGAAACACUUUUUGAUGUUUAUUAUGUCUAUUGCUACGUAAUGAUUUUAUUUUUUCAACUUCGUAAUAUGUGUGAUUCUUAGCUGUUGUUAUUUUAUAGAUCUAGAUUAUCUUCUUCUUGCACAUUUUAUAUUUCUCUCUAUGACUUUAUUUCAAACACAAGUUUUAACUGAUUAUUGAGCUCUUUGGCUGAUGUCUUUAUGAUUUAGCGUUUUGCUAGGUUCUUGUUUUAUGCUCACACACUGAAUUGCUAGAAUAAUACGUAAAAGAUGUAAAGUUGUAUUAAUAAAGUCCCUUUUUGUUUAUUUCCUCA